AUGCUUUGUCAGGUUCUACUUGGAGUGGAAAUAACACAACGGUUAUCCCAUGCCCCUUUACCGAGGAUAUCUACUCGUCCCUCGUCUCCGCGUUCUACCAAACUCCUCGCAAACACGAUCAUUCCAUUACUCCUGCUCGCCGCGAUACUAGAUAUUAAUGAUCAACACCCAAGCGUCCAUUUCUACGGCGGAAACUCGCUGAAUCGACUUUCAUGGCUUCGCUCCAAUUCUAGAUUUGUUUCGGGGCUGUUCGCCAAUCCAACUACUCGCUGUGUGAUCUUUCGCAACGGAGAUCCACUAGUCGUUGCCCACAGUCAGAAUGGGGGGCCAAGCAUUACACUUGCCAAGGUUCCCCCGGGUGAACUACGGACUGUGCUGGGAGAGGAGCCGCUCUUUGGCCAGGGGCAACAUCCGGGAGAGAUCGCCGCAGAGGAUAUCAAAGUGCUCCAGAGUGCACGUUGGCGAGGUCCGAAUCUCGUCUUCCUAGGCGUGGAGGAACCAUCUGCCGAGUUGAGCACCCCUAAGCAUCCGGAGGACGUUCGGGGAACGCCGUAUUUUGCGCUGGAUGCAACCGAUAUCUCGACCGAUGAUCUCUUUGGUGUCCUCAGCGUUUCGGAAUCUCAGCGGCUGGAAUUUGCUGAACCUAGGAGUGCGACCGCAAAAUUGUCCAGUUUUGAUGCGAGCCUAUUUGCUCUUGCACGUACGAUGAUCGAUUGGGUUGGUCGACGCAAAUUUUGUACAGCAUGUGGAUCACGAACAUAUCCUCUCUGGGCAGGUUGGAAGCUGAGUUGUACCUCGGUCCUACCUUGGGCCGAGAACCAGGGAAAGCCCCCUUGUCCCUCUUCCUCCGGCUUAAACAACUACAUGCACCCGCGCACUGAUGCGGUGGUUAUCACUGCUGUAUUGGAUGAAACCGGGGAUCGAAUACUGCUGGGUCGGAAUAAAAAGUUUCCUUCAGCAUUUUAUUCAACCUUGGCUGGGUUUUUGGAACCCGGGGAAUCGUUUGAAGAUGCUGUGAAACGUGAAAUUUGGGAGGAGAGUGGGGUACGGGUACAUGCGGUCCGAUAUCAUUCUGGCCAACCCUGGCCUUACCCAGCAAAUCUGAUGAUUGGAUGUUAUGCGAGCGCAGAUUCUUCCCAAACAAUACGCACUGAUCUAGAUAAUGAACUAGAAGACGCCAAAUGGUUUACUCGCGAAGAGGUGCUAGCAGUGCUUGCUCAUCCUGAUGGCACAAAUAUCAGACGUCGCGAGUACAAGAAUUUCGAUGAGGCGCAAGAUCACUCUGCGAAGUCAGCCACUGCGGCCGGUUCGAUUGAUCCACAGCCUCUCAAUGAUCAACCACCGUUUCGGGUUCCUCCUCGAAGUGCCAUUGCAGGUGUAUUGAUAUCUCAGUGGGCAAAAGGUGAAGUACCCGGGCUCAGCUUAAACAACGGUAGCACCACGUCACCAAAGGGAAAGAUAUAA